AUGAUAUGUUUUGUAAGUUCCAAUGGAAUUCAUAUCAGUAAAAAAAUUUUUAGCUUAGAUGUGGAAUGUAUUCCGACUGCUCACUUAAAAGAUUAUUUGUACUACGGCAAUGUAUCAACCUAUAUCUCUGAGUCAUUGCUGCUGACCAGUACCCCGAGAUCGGUAACAAAACCAGCAUCGUCAUCAUUGUCGGAUCAGUGUGAAGUCUGGAAAAAUGUAGUCAGUGCUAUGACUCAGUGGGCAAUAAAUCAUAGCAUUAAACAUUAUUGGAUAUAUCCAGAUGAGUUCAUGAAUCACAAAAAUUGUCGAAAUUUUGAUUUAACAGUGCGAAAUAAUGAUAAUAGUCGCCAUCUGGCCGUACACAUGAAGAUAAUCAAAUCUGAUGCAUCAGCUGUAGGCCCGUGGUGCUAUGCACACGAUUCCGUUUGUCGCACUAAAAUUCUGGCAACUGCGGAUACGAAGCCAAACUAUAAUACGAAACUGAUAGAUUCGAUUGCCAUAAACGCUUUUAGCAAAUACGAAUGGGGGCCAUCAACAUAUUAUGAUUCUAGACCGUCAAGUCUUUUAUUGUCAGCUGAAUUUGAAAAAAAUCGUUACUCAAUUUUCUUCGCUAUGAUUGCUAUUGGUGUAACUAUUAUGAUUUGUAGUAUUUCAUUUGUUAUUGCCCGAAAUUACAUUAAAACAAGAGGAAAAAAGGUGAAACAGGAAGAGGUACAGAGAAACAUAGUUGAAGAAAUACAAUCAACAACAAAGAAAUCAGCAAUAUCAGUUGCUCCUCCAGCUUUAAAUCGAGUCGAAAAGUUGAAGCAAGAAGUUGGAACGCCCGUAUGA